AUGAAACGGGACACUGUCCGCACCACCAUCCUCACGCUCAACGGUACUGCUCCCUCUGGAGACUGCUCCCUCUGGAGACUGCUCCCUCUGGAGGCUGCUCCCUCUGGAGACUGCUCCCUCUGCUCCCUCUGGAGGCCGCUCCCUCUGGAGACUGCUCCCUCUGGAGGCCGCUCCCUCUGGAGACCGCUCCCUCUGGAGACUGCUCCCUCUGGAGACUGCUCCCUCUGGAGACUGCUCCCUCUGCUCCCUCUGGAGGCCGCUCCCUCUGGAGACUGCUCCCUCUGCUCCCUCUGGAGACUGCUCCCUCUGCUCCCUCUGGAGACUGCUCCCUCUGGAGACUGCUCCCUCUGGAGACUGCGCCCUCUGGAGACUGCGCCCUCUGGAGACUGCUCCCUCUGGAGACUGCUCCCUCUAGAGACUGCUCCCUCUGCUCCCUCUGCUCCCUCUGGAGACUGCUCCCUCUGGAGACUGCUCCCUCUGGAGACUGCUCCCUCUGCUCCCUCUGGAGACUGCUCCCUCUGCUCCCUCUGGAGACUGCUCCUUCUGGAGACUGCUUCUUCUGGAGACUGCUCCCUCUGGAGACUGCUCCUUCUGGAGACUGCUCCCUCUGGAGACCGCUCCUUCUGGAGACUGCUCCCUCUGCUCCCUCUGGAGACUGCUCCUUCUGGAGACUGCUCCCUCUGGAGACUGCUCCUUCUGGAGACUGCUCCCUCUGGAGGCUGCUCCCUCUGGAGACUGCUCCCUCUGCUCCCUCUGGAGGCCGCUCCCUCUGGAGGCUGCUCCCUCUGGAGACUGCUCGCUCCCUCUGGAGGCCGCUCCCUCUGGAGGCCGCUCCCUCUGGAGGCCGCUCCCUCUGGAGACUGCUCCCUCUGGAGACUGCUCCCUCUGCUCCCUCUGGAGACUGCUCCUUCUGGAGACUGCUCCCUCUGGAGACUGCUCCUUCUGGAGACUGCUCCUUCUGGAGACUGCUCCCUCUGGAGACUGCUCCCUCUGGAGACUGCUCCCUCUGGAGACUGCUCCUUCUGGAGACUGCUCCCUCUGGAGACCGCUCCUUCUGGAGCCUGCUCCCCAGAAUAA